AUGCUCGCUUCGCGUCUUACCCGGGCUCUGCCCCGAGCUUCCCCCAUCACUACCCGCGCUGCUGGCGCUUUCAGGGCACCUCUCGCUGCGAGGUUCGCUCGAUUCGAGUCUACCGAUGCGAAGGUCCAGGGUCCCGUUAUCGGUAUCGAUCUCGGUACGACAAACUCUGCCGUCGCCUUCAUGGAAGGUUCCAUCCCCAAGAUCAUCGCCAACUCUGAAGGUGCCCGUACUACUCCUUCCGUAGUCGCGUUCGCCGAGGAUGGCGAGCGUCUCGUUGGUGGAGCCGCCAAGCGCCAGGCCGUCGUCAACCCAGAGAACACCCUCUUCGCCACCAAGAGGUUAAUCGGCAGAAAGUUCACUGAUGUCGAGGUCCAGCGCGAUAUCAAGGAGGUCCCCUACAAGAUUGUCCAGCACACCAACGGCGACGCCUGGGUCGAGGCCCGUGGCAAGAAGUACUCUCCCUCUCAGAUUGGUGGCUUUGUCCUCCAGAACAUGAAGGAGACUGCCGACGCCUACCUCACCCGUGAUGUCAAGAACGCCGUCGUCACUGUCCCUGCCUACUUCAACGACUCUCAGCGUCAGGCUACCAAGGACGCUGGUCAGAUUGCUGGUCUCAACGUUCUCCGUGUCGUCAACGAGCCUACUGCUGCUGCUCUUGCCUACGGUCUUGAGAAGGACGCUGACCGUGUUGUCGCCGUCUACGAUCUCGGUGGUGGUACCUUCGAUAUCUCCAUCCUCGAGAUUCAGAACGGUGUCUUCGAGGUCAAGUCUACCAAUGGUGACACCCAUCUCGGUGGUGAGGACUUCGAUAUCCACCUCGUCCGCAACUUCGUUCAGCAGUUCAAGAAGGAGUCUGGCAUCGAUCUGACCAACGACCGCAUGGCCAUCCAGCGUAUCCGUGAGGCUGCCGAGCGUGCCAAGAUUGCCCUCUCCUCCUCUGCUCAGACCGAUGUCAACCUUCCCUUCCUUACCGCUGAUGCCUCUGGCCCCAAGCACUUCUCCACCAAGUUCACCCGUGCUCAGCUCGAGAAGAUCGUUGAGCCUUUGAUCAACAAGACCGUUGAGCCCGUCCGCAAGGCCCUCAAGGAUGCCGGCCUCCAGGCCAAGGACAUUCAGGAGGUUAUCCUCGUGGGUGGCAUGACCCGUAUGCCCAAGGUCAGCGAGACCGUCAAGUCCAUCUUCGGCCGUGACCCCGCCAAGUCCGUCAACCCCGACGAGGCUGUUGCCAUGGGUGCCGCCGUCCAGGGUGCCGUCCUUUCCGGCCAGGUCAACGAUCUCCUCCUCCUUGAUGUCACUCCUCUUUCUCUUGGUAUCGAGACUCUCGGUGGUGUCUUCACCCGUCUGAUCAACCGCAACACCACCAUCCCCACCAAGAAGUCUCAGGUCUUCUCCACUGCUGCCGACUUCCAGACCGCCGUCGAGAUCAAGGUCUUCCAGGGUGAGCGUGAGCUUAUCGAGGUCACCUUUGACAUCGAUGCCGACUCCAUUGUCCACGUCCACGCCAAGGACAAGUCCACCAACAAGGAUCAGUCCAUCACUAUUGCCUCGGGCUCCGGUCUUUCCGACUCGGAGAUUGAGCGCAUGGUUGAGGAGUCUGAGAAGUUCGCCGAGCAGGACAAGGAGCGCAAGGCCUCCAUUGAGGCUGCCAACAAGGCUGACAGCGUCCUCAACGACACCGAGAAGGCCCUCAACGAGUACUCUGACAAGCUCGACAAGGCCGAGGCUGACACCAUUCGCGAGAAGAUUGCCGGUCUCCGCGAGUUCGUCUCCCAGAGCCAGGCUGGUGAGGGUACUGCCACCGCCGCCGAGCUCAAGGAGAAGACCGAUGAGCUUCAGGUUGCCAGCUUGAACCUCUUCGACAAGAUGCACAAGGCCAGGGCUGAGAACAACCAGCAGUCCUCCGAGCAGUCCUCCUCCUCCACCGAGGGCGAGAACAAGUCUUAA